UAGGUAUUGCAAGCACUUUCAUAUGACUCUGCAGAGAAAAGGCUUUGACAAACGCGUCUCUGAACAAGGAUUUUAGUUGCUGAUAAAAAAAAAAACAGCACAAAUGUCCACUAUCAAUGUCCGAGUUACAACAAUGGAUGCGGAGCUGGAGUUUGCCAUCCUGCCAAGCACAACUGGCAAACAGCUUUUUGACCAGGUGGUGAAGACGAUCGGGCUAAGGGAAACAUGGUUCUUUGGUCUUCAGUAUCAGGAUAGCAAAGGUUUCUCCACCUGGCUCAAAAUGAACAAGAGAGUGACGGCUCAAGAUGCGAAGAAGACCAACCCCCUUUUGAUUAAGUUCAGGGCCAGGUUUUACCCAGAGGACGUGGCCGAGGAGCUGAUCCAGGAGGCAACACAGCGCCUCUUCUUCCUGCAGGUGAAAGAGAGCAUCCUGAACGAUGACAUGUAUUGUCCACCUGAGACCGCAGUGCUCCUAGCAUCGUAUGCAGUGCAGGUCAAACACGGAGACUACAGCAAAGAUUAUCACGUACCGGGAUACCUCGCCAAAGAGAAGUUGCUGCCACAGAGGGUUUUCGAGCAGCACAAGCUGAAUAAGAAUCAGUGGGAGGAAAGAAUCCAGGUGUGGCAUGAAGAGCACAAGGGAAUGCUGAGGGAGGAUGCAAUGUUGGAGUAUCUGAAAAUAGCCCAGGACCUGGAAAUGUAUGGAGUCAACUAUUUCAGCAUCAAGAACAAGAAAGGGUCCGAGCUGUGGCUGGGAGUGGAUGCCCUGGGGCUAAACAUCUACGACAAAAAAGACAAGAUGACCCCAAAGAUUGGCUUUCCCUGGAGUGAGAUACGAAACAUUUCAUUUAAUGACAAGAAAUUCGUCAUCAAGCCAAUAGACAAGAAAGCCCCUGACUUUGUUUUCUAUGUACCUCGUCUCCGCAUCAACAAACGCAUCCUGGCAUUGUGCAUGGGAAAUCAUGACCUGUACAUGCGCAGACGCAAACCCGACACCAUCGAGGUGCAGCAGAUGAAGGCCCAGGCCAGAGAGGAGAAGAACAAGAGGCAAAUGGAGAGGGCUCUGCUCGAGAGUGAGAAAAAAAAGCGAGAAAACGCUGAGAAGGAAACAGAGAAGAUUGCCCGCGAGACCAUGGAAUUGAUGGAAAGAUUGAGACAGAUUGAAGAGCAGACAAAGAGAGCUCAAGAUGAGCUGGAGGAGCAGACUCGUAGAGCCCUCGAGCUGGAGAAGGAGAGAACAAUCGCUCAGGAGGAGGCAGAGCGUCUGGACAACGACCGCAGAGCUGCGGUGGAGGCUAAAGCGGCCCUGCUGCACCAUUCUGAGACCCAGAUCAAGAGUCAGGAAGGCCUGGCCACUGAGCUGGCUGAGCUUACCACUAAGAUCUCCCAGCUGGAAGAAGCCAAGAAGAAAAAGGACGAGGAAACGCAGCGAUGGCAGAAAAGGGCCAUGAUGGUAGAAGCUGAUUUGGACCGAACCAAAGACGAGCUGAAGACUAAACUAAUGGGUGUCCAAAUCCAGAAUUCCAUCCAACCCCACAUGCAUGAGCACGACGAGGCCGAUGAGAACAGCGCUGAGGCGAGCGCCGAGCUGACCUCCCCUGGCAUGGUCCGAGAUCGCAGUGAGGAGGAGAGGGUAACGGAGGCCCAGAAGAACCAGAGGCUGCAGAAGAACCUUAAGUUCCUGAGCACCGAGCUGGCCAGAGCUGUUGACGAGAGCAAGAAGACCCCCAAUGACCUGAUCCACGCUGAGAACGUGAGGGCCGGCCGUGACAAAUACAAGACCCUGCGUCAGAUUCGCCAGGGCAACACGAAGCAGCGCAUUGAUGAGUUUGAGUCCAUGUAAGACAGUCGGGCUCAGAGCAGCAUUAGCAGUGAGGCCGACUUGGAAAGUUUAGACGAGUCGAAGCUGAUUAUUAUCAAAAAAUAUGUCUUGAUGUAACCGAAUGUGACAGCAGAUUAUUUAUUGUACGCUGUGAGUCCUUUGCCAUCUCUUCCUGAAAAUAACAACUGCCUCUGAAAGCACAUCUCAAGUUUCAUCCAGAGUUGGAAACUUGUAUCUUUAUUGUCCUUGUUCCCUGAUAUCCUGGACGGUCUGAUUAAACACAGCUGCAAUUUUAAAAUUGCCGUUCUGAAACUUUACCCAGUGUGGACUGAUUGGAAGCACUGGCAUUUGAGCCAGCUGCAGUUAUUCCAAGUACACUGUUGUUUAUCUUAGAGAAUAAAAUACAAAUAAGGAAAUAUCA